AAGAAACUCCAGUGCCCUUUGUUUCUUUGCCGUUGGGCUGGAGGCAGCCAGUGCUGUCCUGUCUCAGAGGAGGGAGGCAGUGCUCAGAGGGUGUGGGGUGUUGGAUAUGGGCUGGAGGAUGGCCUCUCCAUUUCUAGGCCAUGAGGACACAUGGUCACACAGAUGUUCCGUAUUUCUCCCUUAAGAAUAUAAUCCGUGAGACUUUUAACCUCCUAAAAGGCAGCUGGAGACUGGAUUGUUGCAUGUAGUUCACUGACCCUGUUCUUGGUCACGUCCCACCUUCUUGGGAUAGCUGCUGUAGCCCAACCCUCAAGAAAAUCUAUUCCUCGCUGCCGAAGAAUUAACAGGAUGCUCUCCAACGAGUCCCUACAUUCUCCUGCAUUUAGCCGCUCCAACUCACAAGCCUCCAUAGACAGCACCUCCAUGGAGGAGUUUUUGCGGGAAAUAGAAAGCAUUAAAGAGAACAGCAUGGGAGGACAGGAAGAACAGAUACCAGCUGAAGUCAAGCCUGUGGAUGAAGGAGAACUUGAAGCAGAGUGGUUGCAAGACGUGGGUUUAUCAACCCUGAUCUCGGGUAAUGAAGAGGAGGAUGGCAAAGCCUUGCUCUCUACACUGACUCGAACCCAAGCAGCUGCUGUGAAAAAGAGAUAUAAUACUUACACUCAAACCAUGAGAAAAAAGAACAAGCAGUCUGUUCGGGAUGUCAGAGACAUCUUUGGAGUCAGCGAAUCUCCUCCAGGUGAUACCUGUGACAACCAUACUGCUCAGUUGGAUGGAACCCUGGAGGAAAAAGAACUGCCAGGAAUUAUCAAAACAAGUGGGUCCUUGCCAGAUGGUGCUUCUCUCAACAAUACCACCCUGUCAGAUGGGUCCCAAGAUGAAGAAGGGGGUUUUGCAGUUCCUAGGAGUGGCUCUGUGUCUGUACUCGAGCCUCUUCCAGCCCUACCAGUUCUCUCCAACGGAUCUCCAGACCCUGCACAGGCAGUUCAGAAUGCAGGGAGUGAUGAUGAUUAUCGGAAAAAAAACAUUCCACCAGAAACUGAAGAGCUGUCCUUUGAAGUAUCUUAUUCAGAAAUGGUUACAGAGGCUCCAAAAAGAAGUAAAUUCAAGAAAUCAGAUUUUAAGAAAGAGGACUAUGCUUUAACUAAAUUUAUUGUCCAGAAAACCAGAUUUGGCCUAACCGAAGCAGGAGAUCUGUCUGCUGAAGAUAUGAAGAAAGUCCGCCAUCUCUCUCUAAUUGAACUGACUGCCUUUUUUGAUGCCUUUGGAAUCCAACUGAAAAGAAACAAAACUGAGAGAGUAAAAGGACGAGACAAUGGUAUUUUUGGCGUUCCACUUACAGUCCUAUUGGACAAUGACCGAAAGAAAGACCCUGGAGUGAAGGUUCCCCUGGUGUUACAAAAAUUUUUUGAGAAAGUUGAAGAAUCGGGCCUGGAAUCUGAAGGAAUUUUUCGACUUUCAGGAUGCACUGCCAAAGUCAAGCAAUACCGUGAAGAACUGGAUGCCAAGUUUAAUGCUGAUAAAUUUAAAUGGGACAGAAUGUGCCAUAGAGAAGCUGCAGUAAUGUUGAAGGCGUUUUUCAGAGAACUACCCACCUCUCUCUUCCCUGUGGAAUAUAUACCUGCCUUCAUCACUCUCAUAGAAAGAGGGCCUCACAUCAAAGUACAGUUUCAAGCUUUACAUCUCAUGAUCAUGGCACUGCCUGAUGCCAACAGGGACACAGCCCAGGCCCUCAUGACAUUCUUCAAUAAAGUGAUUGCCAACGAAUCAAAAAACCGAAUGAGUAUAUGGAAUAUUUCUACUAUAAUGGCACCAAACCUUUUCUUCAGUCGAAGCAAGCAUUCUGAUUAUGAAGAAUUACAGUUAGCAAACACUGCAGCGCACAUCAUCCGCCUAAUGCUUAAAUACCAGAAAAUUCUGUGGAAGGUUCCGUCUUUCUUAAUCACGCAAGUCAGAAGAAUGAAUGAAGCUACCAUGUUGUUAAAGAAGCAGCUCCCAAGUGUCAAAAAGCUGCUGAGGAGGAAGACCAUAGAGCGAGAGGUUAUAAGUCCCAAGACUUCAAAGGUACUACAAAAAUCACCCUCUUCGAGAAGAAUGUCUGACGUGCCGGAAGGAGUCAUAAGGGUCCAUGCUCCGCUUCUCUCUAAGGUGUCCAUGGCCAUUCAGCUCACUAGUCACACCAAAGCCAAAGACAUACUGGCAAAAUUUCAAUAUGAGAACAGUCAUGGUUCAUCAGAAUGCUUUAAGAUUCAGAACCAACGGUUAUAUGAAAUUGGAGGAAAUAUAGGGCAGCAUUGCUUGGAUCCAGAUGCUUAUAUAUUGGAUAUAUAUCAUGUAAAUCCUCAAGCAGAGUGGGUGAUUAAACCCCAGCCAAGUUUUUGAAAUAACCCCCAAGAUGGCACCUAUCAUGUAUUAUAUGCCAAGAAGAUUCUACAUUUGGUAGGGAAAAUAACAAGACUGUUUUGACAUGUUUGUUUCAAUAACCCUCUUGGUGUUUCUCAGCCCAAGAGGCAUCUCCCAGCAUUGUCAACAUGAACUGUGGAGGAGGAGGAGCUGGUUGACUGAGCUGAGGCUUUCUCCUAUGGUUCCUUAAUAAUGGUGAAGGAAAGACGCUGUGAUUGUUCCAGAGGAAAGGCCAAGCUAGUAUAUGGAACUCUGUAAUCAUUUCUGGUACUUUGACUUCACAACAGAAAUGAACUUCGUCUUGUACCUAGAGAUAAAAAAUACUUCUUUAUGUAGCAGAUGCUACACAGACAUGGAAAAGUCUUUGUUUUACUUACAUUAUAUAUAUUUUGACCUUUUUGAACAAGAAUGCCAGAAGUAUCAAUAAUUUCCACCACAGACAUGGAAGAGUCUUUGUUUUACUUACGUUAUAUAUAUGUUGACCUUUUUGAACAAGAAUGCCAGAAGUAUCAAUAAUUUCUGCUCUGCAAAAUAAUUCAGAUUUUCUUUUCAAAAGGAAUCAGUUUCUAAAGUUAUGCAUCCAAUAUCGAUGCCCUGACUUGCUCCCAAAUUGGAGGAGGAUGAACUUCUGUUGAAAGAACACUGUAUUGUUACGUAUGUUGUACUGUAUUAUGACUAUCCGCAUUCUGGUGCAAGUAAACAUUUCUCUAUUGUGGGUUCUUGAAAAUUUAUAUUUUUAAAGCUUGUUCUCUUAUGAGCACAGGUUCCCAUAGCAAAGGUUAGUUUGACAGAGGUUGUUCUAAUGCUUUCAUAACCUUCUGUGUAGUUACCAGUCACAGACCUCUAUCUUUUCAUCAUGAUUAUGGUGCUCAAUGAAAAGCUUUCUCUGUGCCAGGCACAGAUUUCCUUUCCUGAUCAAACAUAUCGUUUUUUUAAUAUUUUACAACUGUAGAUUGUCACUUCGGUAGCCCCAGUUUAAAAAUAGAGAAUUGUCUUUAUCCAACUGCUCUUCAUCCAAAAGUACUGAAAAAUACUCUUAUAUCCAGGUUUUAUAUGCUGUAAAAGCAAAUUGUUUCUGUUCAUCAUUCAUAGAUUGGCCAAGCACUGUGGAUUAGCCUCAGACUUUAAAGUCAGAUGCGUAUUUGGUAAGCUGGAAACUGUCUUACUAUGAAGAUCCUGCAGAGCCGUUUUUUAGACCUACAAUCAGUGAGAACACACAUCCACAAUCUAAUGGAGAGCAAAUCCACAAUGUGCUGAAGGGUCAGACAGCUCUGCCUUUCAUCUUAAGACUACAGAUAUAGGUCUAAGGUUAGCUAGAAAUGGGGACAGAGGUCUCAUUUAUCCUACAUGCAUGCUUUGGAUUAGAAUCCACAGAUUGAGAUUUCAUUGAAUUUAUAACAAUUUUAAUGAGAUUUAAUGUCCAAAUGACUCUCUUUUGCAGUUCAAACAGUAACGUUAUAAAUACAGAAAACAUUUUACCAAUGUUUUGGUAAAAAAGUGUUUUUACCAAUGUUCCUACUUACCAAUUCUUAAAACAUGACAUAAUAAUUUAAGCCCACAUAUAGAAGAAAUCUUUUUUUUUUUUUUUUUUAAAGUAGGCUCCACACCCUGGGUGGAGCCCAACCCUGGGCUUGAACUCACCAUCCUGAGAUCAAGACCUGAGCCAAACAAAAUCAAGUGUCAGAUGCUUAACCGACUGAGCCACCUAGGUACCCCUAGAAGAAAUCUUUUAUAUGCAGCAUUAUUAUGCCUUGAUAGCUCUGAAAACAUUAUUUAUAUUCAACAUGUAGAUAAUUAUGUUUCUGGCCAUUAGGGUUUUUUAAAUUUUUAUAAAAAACUCAAAUAUCCAUUCAUUUUAUUUGUUUGAGAAUUUUUAUUUCCUGUGCCUGAAAACCCAUUAGAAGAUAAACAUGUGUCAUGUAUGUUUUUAUAUAUUCCUACAUUUCAUCACUUUUCAAUGUUUCACUAAUUGAUGGUAUGUUAGUUUACAUAAUGGUUUUCAAGAGUCUGAAAAAAUGCUUUUUAUUGUUUUUGAAAUUCAGAACAAUAGGAGUAAACAUUUUAUUUUAUGCAGCUGCUAACUUCCAGAGCAUAAGAUGGCAGUAAUUUAUACCCACACACAGAAGAAAUUCUUUAAAUUAGCUCUCAUACUUCUGUUUAUACAUGAAAACAGGGACUGGUUUUUCUCAUCGUGCUUCCUAUAGUUUCAUAUAGUUAAAUACUAUUGUAGAAGACUUUUUAAAUCAAAAAUUUGCAGAUCUAAUUUUUUAUUUGAGAAUUUUCCCAUGUUUGGGCUGAAAACAUGUUAAACCUGUGUAUAAGUUCCAAAGGUUUUAAGAUUUACUCCACUUAUCAUUACUUUUAAAUAAGUGAGAGAUGACAGGAGACAACUGUUUCUGAAUAUCUUACUUUUGUGUGGUGUCAGAUGUUAAAGACUUAGCUAACCCAAUAGCUUUAAAUAAAUCACUUGAAUGUAUUUAAGUAUGUGUGACAACUUUCAAAUAACUAUGUAAUAUGGAAGGCCAUGUCAAUACUAGUAUCUCUGAAUAUAACUUUUAUUCUUAGUCAUAGGAUAAACUAAGUGAUUAUAGAAUUUCAGUAGACACACAAAUUUUUGUAUGAGUAGAGGUUCUUUUUAUUGAUUUUAUUCUUAAAGAAUAAACAAACCCCUACAAUUACAAUUUAAAAAUUUUUGUCAAAUAAUUAUUGAAACUAUCUUUGCUUUAUCAAAAGUUGUUUUAAGAUAGUUAUGGUAGUCUGUAAAAAUGAGUAGUAUGUAUGCAAACAAGAGUCCGAUCCUGAGCUCCUAGAUUCAGUUCUCACUAGCUUUCCACCCACCUCCUCCCAAGUGCUCUUGGUGUACAGUUAGGAGAAUAAUAUCAAGGAAGGCAUUAGAGAAAGUUAACAUUUUAGUGACACUUAGAAAAAACCCUAGAGCUGGCUCAUUGUUUUCUCCAUUUUGCAAAAGAGGAUCCCUUUGUUAAGCAGGUCACUGGGGGAUAUGAUUCUUAGAGCCAGUAAGAUCUUCAAGUAAACUGGAAUAUUAAUUUUGUUACAAUGUAUACACAGUAUAAACUACCUCACGUGUCUUUCUUAGGAAAAAAGUUAAUGGACUUUAACAGUUUUUGUUACAAACUGUCCCUGAGUCAUCUUAUUUAAGUCACUUCAGUUAGCUUUCAGUGUACAUUUAAUAAUAAACAUUUAAUGAUGUAAAAUAUUUUUUAGUGCAAGCUUUAAAGCCAAAAAUACUCUGUACCUGUGACCUGUGUUAUACUCUGAGAGAAUUCAUGUCCCUUAGUCAUUGUCAUGGAGUCAUUGUCAUGUGUGUCUCACCAUGUUGCAAUGCAGGUCUUCAAGUGUGGGAAUUAAUAGUCCUCUCUUCUUUCAGGCAUUUUUUCAGCUGCUUUCCCCAUACUGCACUUGACUGAAAAGUAGCAUGAGAUUAAAAUGUCCCUUCUUUCUUUGAAGCAUAUUUCAAAUGUUUUUCACAAAUGUUUUACAUGCCUGAAAAGAAUAUAUAUUAUGGGAUUAAAUAGUUCCUAGUUUCUGACAGGUAUUUUCAACUGUUUUCCAUCAAUGUGUCAUUUAAUAAAAAAUAAUAUGACAUGGAUUAAAAUGUUUCUCUCAAACAUUUUAGUUUUCCACAUACACACACCUUAAUUUAAAAACAACAUCUUUUCUUUGUCAUUUUCCUGAGUAUUUUCUAAAACUAUGUGCUCUGAUUAGAAAAUUAUUUAAUGUCACAAGAAAUCCCAAUGUUGUCUUAUGUUGUCUCCCAUCUCAAAAGUUAGUAUUGAUUCUUUUGUCCCAACUUUCAUUGUUAAGUAUAAUAUGUAUGUUGCAUUUUAUCCAUAAAAAUAAAGAGAAAAAUACUAAAAGCA